AUGCCUCCGGGCCGCAUUGAAGUCAAGGGUGUGGCAGAAGGUCUGUUUGGCAGCACAAGCGGCGUCAAGGAGGGAGACGUGCUGGUAGAGGUGGGCACUGACGACCUCCAGCCCCUGGAGAACAUGAGCACCGAAACCUUCAAAGGCUUCUUGAAGGACAGGCCGCUGAUGAUGAAGUUUGUAGCUGCGGCUGCAGCCACAGCAUCUGGUGGUUCGGCCUAUGCGGCAGAUCCUCCCAAACCUGUAGAACAGGACGCCUCUACAGAUGCUGUGUACAGCAUCGUCGCAGGUCCGGACGUGGCUAAGCUCGGCAUCACUUUCAACGGCAUGCCGCCAGGGCGAAUUGAUGUCAAGGGUGUUGCUGCAGGUUCUUUCGGGAGCGAGAGCGGCGUGCGAGAAGGUGAUGCUCUCAUAGAAGUUGGCAAAGACGAAUUUCUGCCACUGGAGGGCAUGACAUCUGAGACGUUCAAGAGCUUGUUGAAGGAUCGGCCUCUCAGAAUGAAAUUUCAAGCAACAUCAGCAGUAGCACACGCUGAUGCACCAACGCCAGCGGAAGAUCAUGCUGCGCCCGCUCCGCAGGGUACGGCGAAUAGCGUGGAAGCUGCUAAAGAGGCAGUAAGCCACCCGUUGUUGGAGUCCGGGGAGUACACGGUCGUGGCGAGUUCCGAAGUGGGCAAGUUGGGCAUCAGCUUUCAUGGUAUGCCGCCGGGCCGCAUUGAGGUCAAGGGUGUGGCAGAAGGUCUGUUUGGCAGCACAAGCGGCGUCAAGGAGGGAGACGUGCUGGUAGAGGUGGGCACUGACGACCUCCAGCCCCUGGAGAACAUGAGCACCGACACCUUCAAAGGCUUCUUGAAGGACAGGCCGCUGAUGAUGAGGUUCUCGUUCCGCAAAGUUGACAGCAAGGAUGUCCAGAUCGAAAUGAACCUCAGCCCAGAGCCAGGCACACUUGACGAGGUGCCAUCAGCUGCAGCAUCACUCCAGGAAGAGAAGCCCACAGAACCGCGCCACUUUGCAGGAGCUGAGGAAGAGAAGCCCAUAGAACCGCACCACGCCGCAGAAGCUGAGGAAGAGAAGCCCAUAGAAACGCACCACGCCGCAGAAGCUGAGGAAGACAAGCCUGCAGAACCGCGCCGCGCUACAGAAGCUGAGGGGCGGAAGCCUACCGAACCGCACCUUGCAGAUGGUGAGGUAGCAUCACCUGCAGCAUCACACCAGGAUCGCCAGCAAGAGAAGCUCACGGAACUGCACCACGUUGCAGAAGCUGAGGAAGAGAAGCCCACAGAACCACACCACGUUGCAGAAGCUGAGGAAGAGAAGCCCAUAGAAACGCACCACGCCGCAGAAGCUGAGGAAGACAAGCCUGCAGAACCGUGCCGCGCUACAGAAGCUGAGGGGCAGAAGCCUACCGAACCGCACCUUGCAGAUGGUGAGGUAGCAUCACCUGCAACAUCACACCAGGAUCGCCAGCAAGAGAAGCCCGCAGAACUGCACCACGUUGCAGAAGCUAAGGAAGAGAAGCCCAUAGAACCGCACCACGCCGCAGAGGCUGAGGAAGACAAGCCUGCAGAACCGCACCACGCUGCAGAAGUUGAGGGGCAGAAGCCUACCGAACCGAAGACACCACGGAACUGCACCGCGUUGCAGAGAAGCCAGGCAGAGAAGCCCGCAGAACUGCACCACGUUGCAGAAGCUGAGGAAGAGAAGCCCAUAGAACCGCACCACGCCGCAGAAGCUGAGGAAGACAAGCCUGCAGAACCGCACCAAGCUGCAGAAGCUGAGGGGCAGAAGCCUACCGAACCGCACCUUGCAGAUGGUGAGGUAGCAUCACCUGCAGCAUCGCACCAGGAUCGCCAGGAAGAGAAGCCCACAGAACCACACCACGUUGCAGAAGCUGAGGAAGAGAAGCCCAUAGAACCGCACCACGCCGCAGAGGCUGAGGAAGACAAGCCUGCAGAACCGCACCGUGCUACAGAAGCUGAGGGGCAGAAGCCUACCGAACCGCACCUUGCAGAUGGUGAGGUAGCAUCACCUGCAACAUCACACCAGGAUCGCCAGCAAGAGAAGCCCGCAGAACUGCACCACGUUGCAGAAGCUAAGGAAGAGAAGCCCAUAGAACCGCACCACGCCGCAGAGGCUGAGGAAGACAAGCCUGCAGAACCGCACCACGCUGCAGAAGUUGAGGGGCAGAAGCCUACCGAACCGCACCUUGCAGAUGGUGAGGUAGCAUCACCUGCAGCAUCACACCAGGAUCGCCAGCAAGAGAAGCCCACGGAACUGCACCACGUUGCAGAAGCUGAGGAAGAGAAGCCCAUAGAACCGCACCACGCCGCAGAGGCUGAGGAAGACAAGCCUGCAGAACCGCACCGCGCUACAGAAGCUGAGGGGCAGAAGCCUACCGAACCGCACCUUGCAGAUGGUGAGGUAGCAUCACCUGCAGCAUCACACCAGGAUCGCCAGGAAGAGAAGCCCGCAGAACCGCACCACGUUGCAGAAGCUGAGGAAGAGAAGCCCAUAGAACCGCACCACGCCGCAGAGGCUGAGGAAGACAAGCCUGCAGAACCGCACCACGCUACAGAAGCUGAGGGGCAGAAGCCUACCGAACUGCACCUUGCAGAUGGUGAGGUAGCAUCACCUGCAGCAUCACACCAGGAUCGCCAGGAAGAGAAGCCCGCAGAACCGCACCACGUUGCAGAAGCUGAGGAAGAGAAGACCAUAGAAACGCACCUCGCAGAUGCUGCAUCACCCACAGCAUCACACCAGGAAGAGAAGCCUGCAGAACCGCACCACGUUCCAAAAGCUGAGGAAGAGGAGGCCGCAGCAGUGGACGAUGGCUCUUCAAAGGAGAGCGUGCGCCAGCAGGACUGCUUGCAAGAAGGCACACGGCAGCCACUUCCGCACAAAGAGAUGGCAAAUGCCCUGACGCCGCUUCAAGCGGAGGCGGUGGCGAACUGCCAGGUUUGUGUGGUUGCUGAGCUCUGCGGCGAGUUGGAAGAGGCCCAGAGGCAAGCUGCCGAAGCCAAGGCUGCUUUGGUCAAGGAGCAGGAGGUUGCCGGAGCAGCUGCGCAAACUAUGUGGGAGCUGCAAGCACGACUGAACGAGGCUGCGCAGGAAAAGGAGCAACUGCAUACAGAGUUCCAAACAGAGCAACUCCUGCGAAAGCGCGUGGCUACCGAACUGCAGAUCAAGACUGCCCUUGCCAGUCCCGAAGUUGGCCAGGUCGUCCGGCUGCAGCGGGAACUGUCCAAGUCGGAGCAUGCUCUUCGAGGGAUGCAGCGCAGGCAGCUCCAAGAGAAGGACGUGCAGUCGUCGCAGUCGAACGCGGAGUCACGAUUGCUUCGUGUGGAGUACAAGGCGGAGCUUGCAGCUGCCAAGCGGUACGAGCGCGAUGCAGCAAGACCCCUUCCGCCUCCGGAGCGCACGCCGUUGGAGCGAGCAGAGGCAGCUGCCGUUCCUUCGCACGGCUCGUGGCAUGCAGCGGCUGGAAAUGGGCGAGGCCAGUCCGGCUCGUGGAACGUCCAGAACUCACUUGAGGAGGUGAUACCAUGA